AUGCGACGAUGUAAUCUUCGACAUCAUGCUGCAGUAGUGCAUUCAGGCAUUGAGAGAUAUGCUUGUCCUUGUGGGUACGCGACUGUACAUCGAAAUACAAUCAUACGGCAUAUGUUGAAGCAUGCAGCCAUAGAUGGAGAGAAGCACUACGAAUUCACGGAUUUGCUAACCCCAGCGGAAGCAGAACGAAUUGAAAAACUCACUGAAGAAUGCUUUCGCGAAUAUAAGACGAUUCCACGCCAUAAUGAGGAACAGAAUGAUGAACUAACGAGAACCUUGGAAUGCCUGGCUAGUGGCGCCAGUGGUGUUGUACAAACUGAGCAAGUUGUACACAACGAAGAAAUGGAA